CGGACGCCGCUCGAGAGGCUCGACGGGCCCAAGACGUGAAACACCGGCUCUCUUUGCAGUGUGCCCCAUGAGCGGCCUCAAAUCGAGCGAGGACCGCCGGCGCGAGAGGGAGCUCGAGGAAGCGCGCAAGGCGGGAACCAUCCCGGCCGAGCGCGAUGCCGAUGGCAACGAGAUCAACCCGCACAUCCCGCAGUUUAUGGCGCAGGCUCCGUGGUACCUCAACGCCGAGGGGCCCGGCCUGAAGCACCAGAAGAACCUCAAGCAGAAAGGGCAAGUCGCGAGCGCCACCGACUUCAAGCCGCGCGGACAGAAGGCCGGCCCCGCCGCAACCUACUUCCGCAAGGGCGCCUGCACCAACUGCGGCGCGAUGACGCACUCCACCAAGGACUGCGUCGAGCGGCCCCGCAAGAAGGGCGCAAGGUACUCUGGCAAGGACAUCAAGCCGGACGAGGUGACGGUCGACAUGGCGUACGACUACGCGGGCAAGCGCGACCACUGGGCGCAGUUCGACCCGGCCGCGCACAUGGACAAGAUCCGAGCCCACGAGGCGGAGGCCGAGGUGCGGCGCAAGGCCGCCCAGCAAAAGAAGCUCGGAGAGCUGGCGGCGCGCGAGCGGAAGCGCGAGCGCAGGGGCAAGGGCAAGGAGGGGGGCGAGGGCGACUCGGCGACCGACACCGACACGGACGGCAGCGUGGGUCCGUCGGACGACGAGAAGGUAGACGAGGCGGAGCAGGUCAUCAUCGGGCAGGACGUCAAGGCGCCGGCCGGCAAGGCGAAGGCGUCGGUGCGCAACCUGCGCAUCCGCGAGGACACGGCCAAGUACCUGCUCAACCUCGACGUCAACUCGGCCUACUACGACCCGAAGACGCGCUCCAUGCGCGACAACCCGCUGCGCGGCUCCGCCCUCGCGGACGCGUCGACCUUUGCGGGCGACAACUUCCAGCGCGCGACCGGCGACGCGGUUCAGAUGGCGCAGCUGCAGCUGUACGAGUUUGAGGCGUACGAGAAGGGCCAGUCGAUGCAGAUGAACGCCGACCCGACGACGGUCGAGAUGAUGAACAAGAUCUACCGCGAGAAGAAGGAGAAGCUCAAGGACACGCGCUCAAACAAGAUCCUCGAAAAGUACGGAGGGCAGCAGCACCUGGCCGCACCGCCCAAGGAGCUGCUCUUCGCGCAGACAGAGGACUACGUCGAGUACGACCGCUCGGGCGGGCUGCGCGCGGGCAAGGAGAAGGCGGUCGCCAAGUCGCGCUACGAGGAGGACGUCCUCGAGCAAAACCACCUCGCCGUCUGGGGCUCCCACUUCGACACGACGACCUUUCGCUGGGGCUACGCCGACGACCACUCGACGCUGCGCAACUCGUACUCGACGGGCGCGGCGGGCAGGCGCGCGAGGGAGAUGGCGGCGGCGGCGCUCUCCGCGCCGGCCGCC